AUGAUGGCGGCGGCGGCGGCGGCGGCGGCGGUGCUGGGGGCUCCCGAAGUCAUCGCUCAGCUGGAGAACGCGGCCAAAGUCCUCAUGGCACCACCUUCCAUGGUCAAUAAUGAACAACGCCAGCAUGCAGAGCACAUAUUCUUAUCAUUUAGGAAAUCAAAAUCGCCAUUUGCAGUUUGCAAACACAUUUUGGAAACCAGCAAGGUGGACUAUGUCCUUUUUCAAGCUGCCACAGCGAUAAUGGAAGCGGUCGUGCGAGAGUGGAUUCUCCUGGAAAAAAGUAGCAUUGAGUCGCUCCGAACAUUCCUCUUAACAUAUGUCUUACAGAGGCCCAACCUUCAGAAGUAUGUUCGGGAGCAGAUUCUGUUAGCAGUGGCGGUGAUAGUAAAAAGAGGAUCGCUCGAUAAAUCCAUCGACUGUAAGAGCAUUUUCCAUGAAGUCAGCCAGUUGAUAAGCAGCGGCAACCCCACGGUGCAAACUCUGGCCUGUUCCAUUCUCACCGCCCUGCUCAGCGAGUUCUCGAGCUCCAGUAAAACCAGCAACAUCGGUCUGAGCAUGGAGUUCCACGGCAACUGCAAGCGCGGCUUUCAGGAGGAGGAUCUUCGGCAGAUCUUCGUCCUGACGGUCGAAGUCCUGCAGGAGUUCAGCAGGCGAGAAAACCUUAAUGCUCAGAUGUCGUCGGUGUUUCAGCGUUAUCUUGCACUAGCCAACCAGGUCUUAAGUUGGAACUUCCUUCCUCCAAACCUGGGCAGACAUUACAUAGCAAUGUUUGAAGCCUCCCAGAAUGUGACGCUGAAGCCGACAGAGUCCUGGAGAGAGACCCUCUUGGACAGCAGAGUGAUGGAGCUUUUCUUCACAGUCCAUCGAAAAAUCAGAGAAGAUUCAGACAUGGCCCAAGACUCGCUGCAAUGUCUAGCCCAGCUGGCCUCUCUCCAUGGACCCAUCUUCCCCGACGAAGGCUCCCAAGUUGAUUACCUGGCACAUUUCAUUGAGGGGCUGCUGAGUACCGUCAAUGGAAUUGAAAUAGAAGAUUCUGAAGCGGUGGGCAUCUCCAGCAUCAUCAGCAACCUGAUAACUGUGUUCCCUCGCACCGCUUUAACUGCCAUCCCAAAUGAACUCUUCUCUUCGUUUGUCAACUGCCUCACCCACCUCACGUGUUCUUUCGGGCGAAGCGCGGCGUUGGAAGAAGUGCUCGACAAGGAUGACAUGGUGUACAUGGAAGCAUAUGACAAAUUGCUGGAAUCCUGGCUGACUUUGGUUCAAGAUGACAAGCAUUUCCAUAAAGGCUUCUUUACCCAGCAUGCGGUGCAGGUUUUCAAUUCAUAUAUUCAGUGCCACCUUGCAGCCCCAGAUGGCACCCGGAACCUGACUGCCAAUGGUGUGGCAUCCCGCGAGGAAGAAGAAAUAAGUGAGCUUCAGGAAGAUGACCGAGACCAGUUUUCUGACCAACUAGCCAGUGUGGGCAUGCUAGGAAGAAUCGCUGCAGAACACUGUAUACCUCUUCUUACAAGUUUGUUGGAGGACCGAGUGACGAGGCUUCACGGCCAGUUGCAGAGACACCAACAGCAAUUGCUCGCCUCCCCUGGCUCUGCCUCCAUAGACAACAAAGUGCUCGAUGACCUGUACGAAGAUAUUCACUGGCUGAUUUUAGUCACAGGCUACCUCUUAGCUGACGAUACUCAGGGAGAGACCCCGCUAAUACCUCCGGAAAUCAUGGAAUAUUCCAUUAAGCAUUCAACUGAGGUGGAUAUCAACACAACCCUGCAGAUACUGGGCUCUCCAGGGGAGAAGGCCUCUUCCAUCCCGGGGUGCAACAGAACGGACUCUGUAAUUAGGUUAUUAUCUGCCAUUCUAAGAGUUUCAGAAGUUGAAUCUCGAGCAAUAAGAGCAGACCUAACUCAUCUACUGAGUCCACAAAUGGGCAAAGAUAUCGUCUGGUUCCUGAAACGAUGGGCAAAGACUUAUCUUCUGGUGGACGAGAAGCUGUACGAUCAGAUAAGUCUGCCGUUCAACACGGCCUUUGGCACUGACACGGAGGGCUCUCAGUGGGUUGUUGGAUACCUCUUGGAGAAGGUGAUCAGCAACCUGGCAGUGUGGAGCAGUGAGCAGGAUCUUGCCAAUGACACUGUGCAGUUGCUGGUGACGUUGGUGGAAAGGAGAGAAAGGGCGAACUUAGUGAUCCAGUGUGAGAACUGGUGGAACCUGGCUAAGCAGUUUGCACGUCGAAGCCCCCCGCUCCAUUUCCUGUCGAGCUCUGUGCAGAGAACGCUGAUGAAGGCGCUGGUCUUGGGAGGGUUUGCACACAUGGACACCGAUACUAAGCAGCAGUAUUGGACAGAGGUUCUUCAGCCGCUUCAGCAACGGUUCUUGAAUGUAAUAAACCAAGAAAACUUCCAGCAAAUCUGCCAGCAGGAGGAGGUGAAGCAGGAAAUCACGGCCACGCUGGAAGCCCUCUGUGGCAUUGCUGAGGCCACACAGAUCGACAAUGUGGCCAUCCUCUUCAACUUUCUGAUGGAUUUUCUGAACAACUGCAUCGGUCUCAUGGAGGUUUACAAAAACACCCCAGAGACUGUGAAUCUCAUCAUAGAGGUGUUUGUGGAAGUUGCACAUAAACAGAUAUGCUAUCUUGGAGAGACCAAAGCGAUGAACCUUUAUGAGGCCUGCCUGACGCUGCUCCAAGUCUACUCCAAGAAUAGUGUCGGGCGGCAGCGGCUCGAAGUCACCGCCGAGGAGGAGCAGUACCAGGACCUGCUGCUCAUCAUGGAGCUUCUCACCAACCUCCUCUCCAAAGAGUUCAUAGACUUCAGUGAUACAGAUGAAGUUUUUCGAGGACACGAGCCGGGGCAAGCGGCCGACAGGUCGGUGUCGGCGGCUGAUGUGGUUUUGUAUGGCGUGAAUCUGGUCCUUCCCUUGAUGUCCCAAGAUCUUCUGAAGUUUCCAACCCUGUGUAAUCAGUACUACAAGUUAAUCACAUUUAUCUGUGAGAUCUUUCCUGAGAAAAUUCCCCAGCUUCCUGAAGACUUGUUUAAAAGCCUGAUGUACUCCCUAGAGUUGGGAAUGACGUCAAUGAGCUCAGAGGUUUGCCAGCUCUGCCUGGAGGCCCUGACGCCGCUGGCUGAACAGUGUGCCAAGGCACAGGAGACAGAUUCGCCUCUCUUUUUGGCAACAAGGCACUUUCUGAAGCUGGUUUUUGACAUGCUGGUGUUGCAGAAGCACAAUACAGAGAUGACGACAGCAGCAGGCGAGGCCUUUUACACUCUAGUGUGCCUGCACCAGGCGGAGUACUCUGAGCUGGUGGAAACGCUAUUGUCAAGUCAGCAAGACCCAGUCAUUUACCAGAGGCUAGCAGAUGCUUUCAACAAGCUGACUGCCAGCAGCACUCCUCCCACGUUGGACCGGAAGCAGAAAAUGGCCUUCCUGAAAAGUUUAGAGGAGUUUAUGGCCAAUGUUGGAGGUCUCCUGUGUGUAAAAUAAGCAACAGAACUCUGCCCAGUUUAGACCCUUUCUGCAAAAUGCACUGAAAUGCUGAAAGCUGACUACGUCUUGUUCCUGUUCCUGGAUUCUUGGUAACCAUUACUGGACUCAGAAGGACCUGGAAGGUGAUACAGUGAAACGGGAGAGGUCAACUUGGAAUCAGCUUCUGCUACUAUGUGUUAGCCACAAUCGGUCAUCUGUGUGCGUGUGUGUGUGUGUGUAGAGAAUGAAUGGCAAUUUGAAAUUUUCACAGAAUUCCAUAUAUGUGCAAACAGAUGUGGGCACCGCAAAAAGUCUUUUCAGUGCCUUUUCCCCUGUUCAGUUAAACAAGUGGCCAGGAGAAUUUUAGAAUUUUUGUUAUUGAAAACUUUAUUAGAGGGGAAGUCUGCUGUAGGUAUACAGAGCUGUCCCCAGUUUUGCUGUUUUAAGCUUUAUCUUUCCUCUCUGAAGGUUGAGUGUGUGAUCCAGUGGAAAGAAGCCCCCCACAACACCAAAUGACAUUUUUUAACUUCUGUGUGUGUUUUGUUUUAUUUUUUUACAUCAACCAGGUUUAUUGGUUGUUUUAUGUCAUGCAUACACUAUUGAUGCCUGAAGUUCAGGAGCAAAAAAAGUAUAAGUUUUGGUCCCCUCAAAGGAAUUUUAGGAACUGUAGCCAUUUCAUUGCCUUAACUUACGAGGGAAGCAAAAUGGAAAAGGGUCAGAUACGUUUGGUAAGAAACCAAGUCUCGCUUCGUGGCUCCAGACUCAGUUUUGGUUGUCUCCGGUCAGCUGCCGGGAACCUUACUGGGUCCCUCUCGGGACCGGCGGGUCUGGGGCUUGGUCCGCCCACGCCGUAGAUUACUGUAGCAAGGUCCAUACUGAACUGUUGCUUGAGCAAUAACAAUCCAGAGCGGGCAGGUAAGCCAUG